AUGGCGGACAACUUGCCCGAGUUCCCCGCCGACGUCGCGACAGCGCCCUUACUUCGUCUUUCGCUGCUCAAGUUGACAAAUCGCGACAGCACAGAGAUUGAGCGCUUCACAAAGGCAUGUCGCGACUUGGGCUUCUUCUAUCUCCACCUUGACGGCCCUGGCGACACGAUUCAGAAACAAUCCACGCGUCUUUUCGACGUGGCCAAGGAGUUAUUCGAUUUGCCGCUGGAAGAGAAGAAAAAGUACGACUUUUCUGCGCAAAAGACGUAUUUUGGCUACAAACAUCUCGGAGGCUCUGUUGCGGAUAGAACAGGUCGGCUGGACAGAAAUGAAUUCUACAAUAUCAGCCGAGACGACAUAUUCGGAACAUCAAAGCCGUGGCCUGCGCCUCAAGUACUAGACCAAGAGCGCGUCUUUUUGAAAGCCUUUAUGCACUCCGCCCAAGACAUUGUGCAUUUGCUGCUCACCCUGCUCAACGAGUUUCUCCAGCUGCCGGCCGACACGCUCCCCUCGCUGCACCGGGCGGACGUGCCCGGCGGGGACCAGGUGCGGCUGAUCAAGGCGCCGCCGCAGCCGGCCGACGACCGGCAGAUUGCCCUCGGCGAGCACACCGACUUUGGCAGCCUCACCAUCCUCUUCAACCGUCUCGGCGGGCUGCAGAUCCUGCCCCCCGGCGGCGCCGGCGGCGCCGCGGCCUGGACCCAUGUCCGGCCGCUGCCGGGCCACGCCAUCGUCAACGUCGGCGACGCCCUGGUCAAGUUCACCAACGGCGUCUUGCGCUCCAACAUUCACCGCGUCGUGUCCCCGCCCGGCGCGCAGGCGGCGUGGCCGAGGUACUCGGUCGUGUACUUUAGCCGCCCGGAGGACGACGUGCCGCUGACAAGACUGGGCGGCAGUGCUUUGAUACCGCCGCUCGAGGAUGGCGUCCAGGAGGAUGCUGCGACGAGUAAGGAGUGGAUCUUACGACGCGCGCUCGGGUCCAGGCCGCAGGUUGUGGGUGAUGAUGCCUUUGACUGGAGGAAGAGCUCUGGGACGGAGGAUAUUUCACGGCGAACUGGCGUUGCUGCGCCUUCCAAUUAG